AUGGAGAUGAUGGCAAUGGCAAUGCAACAACAAAGUGCUCACUUUGCUCAGAUGGAGGCAAGUAGAGCUGCAACUGAGGCAGCUAGACCUGUUAUGUCACAAGAAGGGAGGGACUUGAAGAUCUUUGGGGUUCUUGGGUCUACUGAUGAGCGAAAAUUUGCUUAUGUAGUGUACAUGCUAGUAAGAGAGGUUGAGUAUUGGUGGAGAGGCACCAGGCAGAUGUUGGAAAGUAGAGGUGUAGUAGUUGACUGGGAAUGCUUCAGGAGAGUAUUUUUGGAGAAGUACUUUCCGGAUAGCAUUAGAUAUGCUAAGGAGAUGGAAUUUAUGCGACUAUACCAAGGGAAUAUGACUAUUUCUGAGUAUGCAAUGAAGUUUGAGCAUCUGGCUCGGUUUCUGGCCCUGGUUGAGAAGGCGAAGAAAAUUGAGAGAUUGGAAGGUGAUGGUGGAGGCAAGGCUAUCAGGAAUCAAGAGGGAUCAUCAGGAUUCAAGAGGGGAGAGAUGCGUGUGAGAUGCCUCAUUGAGGUGUCUGGUAGGAAGUUCAGGGUGAACUUGAUUUGUUUACCCAUGGUGGAUAUUGACAUAAUCUUAAGGAUGGAUUGGUUUUCUGCCAAUCAUAUCCUUAUAGAUUGUGCCAAUAAGAAGUUGGUAUUUCUUCAAGUGGAGGAUGAGGUGUUGGUGUCAACUAAUCAAGCUGAAAACUUGUUAAGGGAUGGAGCAGAGUGUUUUGCCCUAUUUGCUACUAUGAGUGUAGAAACUGAAAAAGUGAUCAAUGGGAUUGAAGUUGUGAAGGAUUUCCUAGAGGUGUUUUGCAGAUGA